AUGCCACCGAAAGCAAAACCUGCAGCGAAACAACCGGCUGGAAGCGCCUCAUCCACCAAACCAGGAACAACAGACGGCAAAACAGUCCCUUCUCAGAACCUAGCCACCACCGUCGCCGUCAAUGACGACAACACUGCUACCGCUUCAGCUAGUACCAGCACCAACGAUAACACCAAGUCAGCUGUCGCUGCUACUGAGCCCAAAAAGAAAACACUUGUUACUGCUGAUGGAAGUAGUGACAAAAGCGAAAAGAAGAAAAAGUCGAAAAAAAGACAAGAGACUUAUUCUUCUUAUAUCUAUAAGGUGUUGAAGCAGGUUCAUCCGGAAACUACGAUCACCAACAAAGCCAUGUCCAUCAUGAACUCGUUUGUCAACGACAUUUUCGAACGCAUUGCUACCGAAGCAGCCCGCCUCGCAACCUACAACAAGAAAUCAACAAUCAGUUCGCGCGAAAUUCAAACUGCCGUGCGCCUUUUGUUGCCGGGUGAGCUGGCGAAACAUGCUGUGUCGGAGGGAACUAAGGCGGUGACCAAGUAUACUAGCUCUAAAUAA